UAACGUUUGUUAUACUGUUAUUUAUUAACAUGAAGAGUAGUCAAUUAGUGUUGAUUGCAUUUUCUUGCAUCAUGUGUGAUUUACCUGGUUGUGUCAAUGAUGGCAUCAUUUGACAGACUUCAUGAUCUGUCUUUGUGUGAUUUUAUGAUAAACUUUAUUAUGUGGGUUAAUUAAAUGUAAACCUCUGCCACAGAUCUCCUGGAAACUGACAGCAGUGAAGCUAAUUAAUCCUGAUGUAGCCUUGAUUAUGCUGAAUCAUAUUGUUCAUGUGUUUCUCUGUAUUACUAGCUCCGGGUUGGAUCUCUGAGAUCUGCUGCUCCUGUUUCAUCUCCUCUCCCCUCCUCACUCUGUUCACACCAAUAUGGCCAGCGGGGACGAUGAUGACCCCAUUAUAGAGGAGAUCGAUGUGUAUCUUGCCAAAAGCCUUGCAGAUAAGCUAUAUCUUUUCCAGUACCCUGUCAGACCCUCUACUAUGACCUAUGAUGACGUCAACCACUUAUCAGCUCGGAUCAAACCCAAGCAGCAAAGGGUGGAGCUGGAAAUGGCAAUCGACACAAUGAGUCCAAACUACUGUCGCAGCAAAGGAGAGCAGAUCGCUCUGAAUGUGGACGGCACGACUUAUGACGAAACCAACACCUAUUCAGUGAAAAUGAUGGAUAAACAGACCUUCUCCUCCAUCCAGGCCACCACCAACACCUCCAGAUAUGCUGCUGCUGUGUUCCGCAAAGGUGAGCUUCACGUCACCCCGCUGACAGGAAUCCUCCAGAUGAGACCGAGCUUCUCUUAUCUGGACAAGGCCGACACUAAAACCAGAGAGAGGGAGGCAGCCAAUGAGGGCGGAGAUUCUUCCCAGGAUGAAGCCGAGGAGGACGCCAAGGCCAUCACGGUGAGAUUUGCUCGACCUGAGUCGGAGCAGGCUCGGCAGAGGAGGAUCCAGUCGUACGAGUUCCUCCAGAAGAAGCAGGCGGAGGAGCCCUGGGUCCACCUGCACUACCACGGGGUCAAGGACGGGCACUCGGAGCAUGAGCGGCAGUACCUGUUCUGUCAGUCAGUGGACGCCUCUGAGAACUCUGAGCUGGUCAAAACUCCCAAGGAGUACCUGGCCAUGCUGAUGCCUCCUCUUGCAGAGGAAAAAGUUGUGAAGCCAGUUGGUCCCAGUAACGUUCUCUCCAUGGCUCAGCUCCGCACGCUGCCGCUGGGAGAACAAGUCAAGACCCUGAUGAAGAAUGUCAAGGUGAUGCCGUUUGCCAACCUGAUGGGUCUGCUCGCCUCCGGCACCGACUCCACCGCGGCGCUGCGCUGCAUCCAGCAGGUGGCGCUGCUGGUUCAGGGCAACUGGGUGGUGAAGAGUGAUGUUUUGUAUCCUAAAAACACCUGCAGUCCUCACAGCGGCGUCCCAGCUGAGGUGCUCUGUCGUGGGCGGGACUUUGUGAUGUGGAGGUUCACUCUGGAGCGCUCCGUGAUGAGGAAGGAGAUCACAGCCAUUAUCAAACUUCCUCCAGAGGAUGUGAAGGAGUUCCUGGAGCAUGUGGCCGCUCCCCGAGUCAACCGGGGCUGGGAGUUCCUGCUGCCGACUGAUGUCGACUUCAUUAAGAAACACCCAGACAUCGCCCACAGGCAACACAUGCUGUGGCUCGGCAUCCAGAGCAAGUUGGAAAAGGUCUUUAACUUCUCUAAAGAAGACUUCAUGCCAAAGAAUUCUCCUCAGCCCGAUCCUGUCCACGUCGGUGGCGAGCAGCGCCUCAAGAUGGCUCACGACCGCGCUCAGGCCAACCAGUCGUCCCUGCAGAAGGAGCUGGACGCCAGACGGGCGGGAAGCGGCGUCCACAUCAAACAGGAACCCGUCGGCGAGGACGAACCCAUGGACACCUCCUCCUCCUCCUCCAUCCCCAACGGUUCAGUCAACGGUUACCCCAGCGAUCACACGAACGGGAACGGAGCGAGUCCGACCAGCUCGUCCUCCGUGGAGCUGCAGGACUUUGUGAUAAAGACUUUCAGGAAGCAUUUUGUACUGACGCUGAAUGAGUUCAAGAGGCUGUUCAGCCUCCACCUGGCCUCCAUGCCGGUGGGACAGAGCCUCUUCACCUCCAUCUCGGACCACAUGCUGCAGGACGCCAUACUGCUCUGCCAGUGCAAACAGAUAAUGGUGCCUUUUCCUGCUCAGACCACAGCAGCUGCCGAUGAACAGAAGGUGUUUGGUUUGUGGGAGACUGGAGAGGACUUUGACAAGCAACGUCGGCUGCUGUACGAGCUCUUCAACAAGAACUACCGGGUCCGGAGGAAUGCAGUGCAGACCAGGCUGGCGCAGGAGUUCGGAGACGUCUCGAAGUCUGAUGUCGACCGGCUGCUCAACGAGUGCUGCAUCAGUUACGCAGGGAUGUGGUACCUCAAGGGAACGCUACAGUCCUGACCCUGAGAGCCCGCACCCCCCCUCCUCUCCCUCCCUUUGCGGUUGUCGCCAGCCAAUCAAAUCCUCUCCUGGGUGUCCAGUGGGAGGGCAGCCAGAGAGACGAGAGCCAAUCACAAUCACAGCUCGCCCGGCUCUGAAGGGCGGGCGAUUGGAGGACAAACCGCCAGCCGGCUGCUCAGAACAUAAAACAUUUCUGACACGGGGACAAAAAAACAACUCUUCACAUACUCACACUAAGAGCUGGAUGGGAAACAUCAAUAUACAAAAAAGAGGAAUAGCGAGAUAUAUAUAUACAGUUUAUCAGUAGAGUUUUGGAUUAUUUUGGGCCUCAUGUUUGAUUAUUUUUGAAUUUUUCCUCAUCAGGAUGGUGUUUACGAAGCAAAGUGGCUCAAAGUAUUUUCAUUUUACUCCUGAUUUUGUUACAUUUCGCCAGAGAAAACAUAAAAAAACAAACAUUGUUUAAGCCUUUUGUGGGUAAAACCUGAAUUAUUCAUCAGUCAUUAACGUUUUCUUUGAUCUGACUUGGUUAAAGAAUAACUGAGUAUUUAUUGCACCCUUAGUACACAGAUAAAAAGGGUGAGCUUUAAUGUAAUUAAACCGUGUGAAGAAACGUUGCCAAAUUCAUGAGUCGGGAAACAAAAAGGGGGAAAAUGAAGCAAGAAGUCCCUGAUGUCGUUCUGCUCAUGUUGUACAAAUGAAGUCAUCGAAGAUUUUUGGCAAUCAAGGACCUGGAAACUGCCACAUCCAAUGUGGCUUUUCCCCCAUUUCUGUGUUACUCAGUCGAAUGUGUACUGAAAUAUAAAAUUUCAAGGGAAAGAGUGGAUUAAAUUGCGGAUGUUGAGUUUUGUUUUUGGUUGAAUGUACGGAGUUUCAAAUGGUUUUCCUUUCAUGAGAGAGACUGAUUUUGAUGACGACCAAUAAAGACGCAAUUUUGAAUA